CAAAUGAGGUAUCUUGUGGGAUUUGCCAGCUAGCUAGUAUAAAACAUGUUAACGAUAUUAUGGCAGGUCUGUAGUGAGUAGGAUAGGUUUACACUUGUUACUGGAAAAAAACAGAAUUGACAUUAAAGACAGCGUCAUCAUCUUGUUACCAGUGAUCCAAGAGAGUUGAGAUGAUUAGUAAUAGAGGAUUAUAUUAGCAAUGGAUCAUAUUUGGCAGUUCAUAUUCAGAAUCAGAAACGUUGCGUGGACCUUAAGCUAUGAUUUUUAAUGUAGCCUGAAUAGUGUUUUAUUUCAGUAAACUACUGAAUGUGAGACAGAUCUUGUAGCCAUGUCUUGGGAUUUCAACACCACCAAUGCGUAUAAUAGAAGUGUACAAGACACUGUUGCUACUACCUUGCCCAGCAUACCAACUCUCACAACUGUUGGGAAUGUGUGUCGACCAGGCAUGAGCCCUGAAGAGGAACUAGCAGAGAUAUCAAAUACAGAUUUUUACAUCGGCCUAGCCUUGGCUGUCAGUUCUAGUAUAUUUAUUGGCUCGAGCUUCAUAAUCAAGAAGAAGGCUUUGAUUAAAAUUACGGCCUAUGCCACAAGAUCUACAUCCGAUGGAGGUCAUGCAUAUUUAAGAGAAUGGCUUUGGUGGGCAGGAUUUCUAAGUCUUAGUUCUGGUGAAUUUCUGAAUUUCGUUGCGUAUGCAUUUGCGCCAGCCACCUUGGUUACUCCACUUGGCGCCCUCAGUGUUCUCGUAGCAGCUAUUUUAUCAUCACAUUUCUUAAAUGAGACUUUAAAUAUCCUAGGUAAGAUAGGUUGCCUGCUAUGCAUUCUUGGGUCUGUUGUGAUGAUUCUGCAUGCACCGAAGGAAGAGGAAGAUGACACGUUGGAUGAAUUAGCAGUCCGGCUUGCAACUCCAGGAUUCAUCACCUUUGGUUGCGUAGUCCUCGUAGCAUCCCUCAUUCUUAUAUUCUACUACGCACCACGUUAUGGCCAUAGCAAUAUACUCAUCUACGUAGCCAUCUGCUCAGUGAUUGGUUCGUUGUCAGUAAUGGCGUGCAAAGGACUUGGUAUAGGAUUUAAGGAGUUAUUUGAAGGAACUAACAUUCUCCCCGACCCUCUUUUUUGGAUCCUUGCCGCUUGCUUAGUCAUUUUCAUCACGAUACAGAUGCAUUAUUUGAACAAAGCACUAGAUGUAUUCAAUACAUCCGUUGUGACACCAAUUUACUACGUAUUCUUCACUACAAGUGUUUUAAUAGCAUCUGCGAUUUUAUACCAAGAAUGGGAGAAAAUGGGCGCUAAUAACAUUAUUGGUUCACUAGCCGGUUUUGGUACUAUUAUAGCUGCUAUAUUUUUACUUCAUGCUUUUAAAGAUUUGGAUAUAACACUUUCGGAUUUACCAUCGACGAAUAAAGAAAGUAGUCACGCACCCAGUGUGGAUUCUAUGAAUCAUAUAUCGGAGCGUGAAGAUAGUCAAAUGAGCACCGAGACAAUCGCUUUGUUGAACGAUAUUGAAAACGGAUUUAAUCAGAAUGAAACUAGAUGAGAAUGAACUAGUAAUCAGUGGCAGAUUUUACAUACUAUAAAGUAUACAAGUUUUUUGAAAAAUUAAUUAAGAGAAUUGGUAAUUAAUGAUAGGCUUAUUAGAAUAGUAUUAUAUUAAAUUAUAUAGUGAAGUAACAUCAUGCGCUAGUUCAGGAACUCUACUUUAUUUAAGAUUAAUUUUAAUUCCAUGAUAAUGAAGUAUUGUUUUAAAUUGAAAGAUGAAAUAUUUGAAGGACAUGAGUAUUUCUGAUUGGCCAAUCCAGGUGAUACAUGUAAGUGAACUGUGUACUCAAAACUGUUGAAUGCCCAUAUAUAGUUAUGAUGUGCCCAUAUAUGGUCAUGAUGUAUGUCAUUAUAACUAUAUUUAGGCAUGUCAUAUGUUUUUGUCAAAUAAAAUUUGAUAGCCUGUCUUAAUAGAUAUUUGGUCACUAAUUUAUGGGGAUACCCACACAUUCAGCCAACUGUAACCAUUUGCUUUUGUGUUCCCCAGGCUUUAGCAUGCUGAGUGUUUAGCACAGCACAAAUCAGUCUCCACUCAAUCAACAAAUCUCAAUUUAUUUAUUUCUAAAUUCAUAUUAUGUUAAGUUGGAGUAAAGUAUUUUUUAUAUAUAAUGUAAAAAAAAUUAAAUAAAAUAUUAAUGUGCAAACUGGUACACUGUUGCCAUGCUGAAAUACUCCUGGGCCAAGUCUUCAAUUAU